AUGCCAGAGGCUGAAAUCAAGCGUUGGUUGGAAUUUGUCAUUGACGAAAUCAAAGAUAUCACCGACAAGCCAGAAUGGAUUGAGGAACGAGGAACGUUGGACUUGGUUGGCAAUUAUGCCCUGUGGUCUUGUGAUAGCAUGUUCUUGCACCAAGUGCCUGUCAAUCUAGCUUUUGAAAGCCAAUUAUUCCAAGCUUUCACUCUUCUCUUGAUUGCCCGGAAAGGAAGAACUACCAACGCAGUGCCAUCCGAUCAUGUUUGUAACUUCAUCAUUUCCAUGGUAUCCUGCGCUUUUCAUACAGGCACAACGACAUUGUCCUGGUCCAAAAAACCGGCUUUUCGGAAGCUACAUAAGACGGGUAUUCUCGAGCAAGUCCUUCGAUGCUCAACACGAGUGACAGCUCGUGAUAAAAGAACCACCGAGCCAACUCUUGAAAAGCUCCUUGAUGAGCUCCAGUCCUGUCCUCAUUUUCACAUGCAUCUCAAGACUGGUACACCUUGUGGCGAUACUUUGCGGGCAAUUCUAGAAGGGCCUGAUGAACACCUUGACAUAAUUGUAUCCAACAGACUAAGUGCCAUUGUCAAAAUUGCAGAUUUAACAAUAGAUGUCUGCUACAACUGUGGGGCUUCGGCUGACUCUUUGCAAUGCCUUCUCCAAGAGUGUAGUUGCUGCGAGAAAGCUCUCUAUUGUUCAAGAAUGUGUCAAAAAGCCGAUUGGCGGCCGCAUCACAAGAAAAUCUGUGUCUCAAUCGAAGCACCAUCAGCAAUAAGGGAGGCAAAUGCCGUGGAACGACUUGUCAAUAACUAUUUCAAUGCUCACCGAGAUACCAUUUUGAUCCAGAUGAAAGAAGCAUGUAUCACUGAAUCUGUAACAGCAAAUGAAAUGGUAGUCGAGGUGGAUUUCGUAGCUCGUGAGGACGAGUCGAUUCCUGGGAUACUACAUGAUCCGCCUCUUUUCAAGAUUGCAAGUCGUCAAGCCUACAUCGAUGGCACUGAGAGACCUCGGUUUCUCAUUUAA